AAACUCUCAUAAGUAUGACUGCAACUCCUGCAAAGCACACUAAACAACCCGACUUCGCUUUCCCUGCACCUUCCUUAACGUCUCUUUCUCUCCAUUCGAUUCCUGAGAGGCUGCAUUUAUAUUUAUGUAUUAUACCAAAUCCUCAUAAAUCAGAUCUGGCAUUUACCAUUAAUUAUAUAUGCACACACACACGCAUCUCUCUGUUAAAGCAGCCCAGAUUUCACGUUUCCUGUCAUAAAUAUAAAGUUGGUACUUUUAUUAUGAUAAGGAUAAUACAUGCACACUGUAUAUACUCCUUAUCUCUUUUUGGGUAACCAUUUUCUUCUCCUUCGCAAAAAAAGAAACAUGCUUUUGAGUGAGUGAGGCUGUAUAAUCUGUAUGUGAGUGCAAAUGUCAUACAGAUUAUAACAUAUAUACACAAGCACCCACACAUUGGUAAGAGAGAAUUGACUAGGAAUUGAAAAAGGACUGGAAUUUCUGAAGUAUUUUGGGAUUUCAGGAGAUGUGUAGGUGUUGGUUUAGUGGGGUUUUGAUUGUGUUGGAGUGUGUGUGGUUGGUGCUGCUGGGUGCAGUGGAGGGAUACCCAGCUGAGGAUCUGGUGGUGAGCCUGCCUGGUCAGCCAAGUGUUGGGUUCAAGCAGUAUGCUGGGUAUGUUGAUGUGGAUGUGAAAGCUGGGAGGAGCUUGUUUUACUACUUUGUUGAAGCAGAUGAGCAGCCUGACAAGAAGCCCCUCACUCUUUGGCUCAAUGGAGGUCCAGGUUGUUCCUCCGUUGGCGGAGGUGCCUUUACCGAGCUGGGUCCAUUUUAUCCAACAGGUGACGGCAGAGGCCUCCGGAGAAAUCCAAUGUCAUGGAACAGAGCAUCAAAUCUCCUUUUUGUUGAGUCUCCUGCUGGAGUAGGAUGGUCAUACUCGAAUACAAGUUCGGAUUAUGACUCUGGGGAUGCCUCAACUGCAAGGGAUAUGCACACAUUCUUGAUGAAAUGGUAUGAAAAGUUUCCAACUUUCAGAUCCCGAGAGUUGUUUCUUACCGGAGAAAGCUAUGCAGGGCACUACAUACCGCAAUUAGCUAUUGCCAUUUUGGACCAUAAUAAACAAUCAACUGGUUUCAAGUUCAAUCUCAAAGGGGUUGCUCUUGGGAAUCCACUGCUGAGACUUGAUCGUGAUGCUCCGGCAACAUAUGAAUAUUUUUGGUCUCAUGGAAUGAUUUCUGAUGAAACUGGCCUUACUAUCAUGAACGAAUGCGAUUUUGACGAUUAUGUCUUGGGAAAUCCUCACAAUGUAAGCCAUCAAUGCAACAAAGCAAUAUCUCAAGCCAAUCAGAUAGUUGGUGAGUACAUAAACAAUUACGACGUGAUUCUUGAUGUUUGUUAUCCAUCUAUAGUGGAGCAAGAGUUGAGACUGCGGAAAAUGGCUACUAAGAUAAGUGUUGGAGUUGAUGUAUGUAUGACGUUUGAAAGACGUUUUUAUUUGAACCUUCCCGAAGUUCAGAAAGCCCUUCAUGCAAAUCGUACAAACUUGCCUUAUCCAUGGAGUAUGUGCAGUCGCAUUCUUAAUUACAGCGAUACAGAUGGUAGCAUUAACAUCCUUCCCUUGCUCACAAGGAUAGUUCAAAACCGUAUACCCGUUUGGGUUUUCAGUGGGGAUCAAGAUUCCGUUGUACCAUUAUUGGGCUCUCGGACACUGGUGCGUGAACUAGCACACGACCUAAAGUUCCCGAUAACAGUCCCAUACGGAGCUUGGUUUCACAAAGGCCAGGUGGGCGGUUGGGCUACAGAGUACGGAAAUCUGUUGACGUUUGCCACGGUAAGGGGGGCUGCUCAUAUGGUGCCCUAUGCUCAACCUUCAAGAGCACUGCACCUCUUCAGUGCAUUUGUUCGUGGUCGGAGACUGCCCAACACAGCGCGUCCUUCCAUUGACGAGUAAACAAGUUAUAGAAACUGGUACAAUGUAGUGGUGGUAGUAGCUAGUUUCAGAAGUUGAUUUGUUUUCGGCAAAAGUACGAAAAAAAAAAAUAGGGAGGGGUGAUAAGUUUAGAAAAUAAUAUGAACUGAAGAACUCUGCAUUCUUUGUUUCUUGUUCGAUAACAUUUCAUUGAUAGCUCUUGUUUUUGAUACAUUAUUUAUGGGAAGAUGACUUUUGUUUUUGGAUCAUAUAAAA